UCUAUAUAACACAGCAGUCUAUAUAACACAGCAGUCUAUAUAACACAGCAGUCUAUUUAACACAGCAGUCUAUUUAACACAACAGUCUAUUUAACACAACAGUCUAUAUAACACAACAGUCUAUAUAACACAACAGUCUAUAUAACACAGCAGUCUAUAUAACACAACAGUCUAUAUAACACAGCAGUCUAUAUAACACAACAGUUUUUGUGAUGAACCAUCAGUGGAGUUGAACAUGGGAAAUGAAUGGACACAUUUAUUUGUAUGUACACUACAUCAUCACACAACCUUUUACAUGCAAAGCGUCUGUUUAUUGGUAACAUACUGUAUCUCCUGUGGGAAAAUGUGCAUAUUGUUUCAUGCAGAUUUUAGAAUAUUCGCAUGAAACUCUGUUGCAGAUUGGAUGGAAACCUAGCUAGUGAUAUAAUAAGGGGCAGGGUGUAGACAAAUACUUUAAUAUGUGGUGUAGUCUAGAUACAUUUCUGCUCCAGUGGUGGUGAUGGGGAAAAUACUAGUCAAAGUUUGCAGACUACAUAGGGCAGAUAUGCCCAGCGAUCAGAAUUCUUGAUAUAAACAGUAAAGGUCUCUUUCAAUGCCAAUAGGGUUAGGACUACAUAUUUAUACCCUAACCGUAAUGUGUUACCCUGGAUACAUUGAUAUUCUGAUGCAUGUAUGAAAUGUCUGCUUUUCCAGAUCUUUAUCAUCAAGUGGAAGGUGAUCUGGUGUUGAAGCCAGAGAAGUCCACAGUGCCUGACCACAUCACAAGCAUCCUAUGGAAGCAUGGGAAGAACAAGGUGGCAGAGUGGUACAAGGAUUAUGGUCUGGACAUCUAUGGUACCUUCAUAAACCGUACGACCCUGGACCAGACUACUGGAGAACUGAGAAUCAGUGGAUUGAUGAAAACAGACAGUGGAGUUUAUUCUGUGGAGUUCAACAGCAAACUGCUAGACAAGACAUAUACAUUAUCUGUUAUCAAGGCAGUCCCCAAACCUACAAUCACUUCUUCCUGUAACCCAGACAAAACCUCCUGCACUCUGACCUGUGAAGGUGACACCACUGAUGCUGAACCAGUCACCUACAGCUGGAAAGAGGGAGAGGGGCCGUGGGUUGUUGGAGGAAAACUGCUGAUUGUUUCUAAAAGCCACACUGGCAAUUCAACCAACAGUUACAAUUACAUCUGCAAGCUGAACAACACUGUUAGUGGGGAAGUCAGUGAGCCAGGUGAAGAGGUGUUUGGUUCAGAGCCUUCCAACAGAGAUUUUGUUGGUGUUGUUGUCACUGCCAUUGUAGCAACUGUUUUCAUUGUCAUAACAGGAAUGUUGGUGUGGAAGAAAAAGAAAGGGCGCGAUGGUGAGCCUAAAAGGGGUGGCGGUACAGGGGCCGGCGGCGGACCGGCUGCGGCGGCGAUUGUUGAGGCGGCGGCGACGGCGGAGGCGAAUGCGCAGGCGGCGAUUGUGGAGGAGGCGGCGGCGACGAUUGCUGCGUAGGCGGCAGCGAUUGCGGUGGAGGCGGCGAUGGAGGCGGCGAUGGCGGCGAUGGCGGCGGCGAUGGCAGUGAUUGCAGAGGCGGCGAUUGCGGAGGAGGUGGCAUUUGCGGAGGAGGCGGCGAUUGCGGCGGAGGCGGCGAUUGCGGCAAUUCCAAAAGAGGCGGAGGCCCGGGGGGCGACCUGAACACAGCUGAAAAAGGAGAGGGAAAUGGAGGUGCGGGAAUUUCACUAACUCUUCUCCCAAGGCACCUGCCUCAAGAAACAUUUCAAAGGGAGAGAUACAGAAUCCUUGGUAAAAACUCAGACAACUGGGUGGUGGACAUUCCAUCAGUCCUGAAAAUAAUAAACAUGUACUUUGUUUUCACUAUGCUGUAUCCAAAAAAUGUUGCAUUUUGGGCAGGAAGCCUUGAUAAAACCACGCGUAUCCAGAAUUAUACUUCAGACACAUCAGAUGAUACAGUUUCCCAGUAAGCGGAAUAGACACCUUCUAAAGUAAACAAUCCCAGAGCCACUUUCUGGUAACAUUAUCAUUUUCACCUGUUGCAUUGAUUUAGUGAACGUAUAAAACCUGUUGUUUAACAAAUCUAGGGUCCUCAAAAAGUUGGUGCCGUCUUAUCAGCUUAAUAUUCGAUACUAAAACAUUUACUUCAAUCUCAGAUUCUGUUCCACGUAAUGGAAACCAAUUAUCGUUUUAGAUGACAUUACAUUCCUGCUUAAAUCACUGGUGUUACGCAAACUAUGACAUUGAGUAAUAAUAAUUAGAAAUUGUCAAACAUCUCCCAUUCAACUAUUCAUACCUCUGCUCCAAAUAUCCCACAUGCAUCCCUUACAGCCCGCUCGAGCCCAGCGCACCACUCUCUUUCACCUGUCAACUAAAACAUUGAAUUAUUAGUGUAUUCAAACCACUAAUAACAUUACCAUCCACAUACUGAUAACAAUCAUUCAAUUGGAAGUAAUCAAUUGUGAUCAUGUUCACAGUUCUAAUGCCGAUCAGCUGUUUAUAGAAAACAUUAGAUUUAGGUAACAACCCGUCAGAUUAGGCUACAGGUAAUAAAACAAACACUGGCUGUUGUUGACAAGCAUAUAUUCAGUUCAUAUCCAAAUUAUUAAUAUUUAAUUCAGUGAUUGAAAUUAUGACACCGUUCUCAGUAGCCUAUUCUAGCAGGCUAUUAGGCAACACAAAAACGUAUUACCUCAAUCGCCUUGCUAUUCAUGUUGAAUAAAUAAGUAUUUCAAUUUGAACUGAGAAAGGCGCUAAAUCGUUUAGUUUACAUCUUAAAACAAACACUUGCUGCAGUAUGUAGCUAAGAAAACCAUGUCAAUAUUUGAAUUACAAUGGGGCAAAAAAGUAUU